AUGAGUUCAUCCUGGAAACUUGGAAAAAAAAUCAAAGAUGUAGCUACUUCUCAUCGACAAGCCCCAAGUUCCGGAUCAGGUUCAAUCACCCCAUCCUCACCAGCCGGUUCGAUCCAAACCCAUCGACAAUCAACUCCAACGUCUCAUACUCAAGUACAACAACAAGGUAAUGGGACCUUGACGAUUCGAAUCAUUGAAGCUAAAGGUCUUUCUGUACCAGCUGGAAUCACCAUUCCGGAAGAAAUCCAAAGAGCUAUCCAUCAAAACCCUCAUGUAGGAAGUCUUACAGUAGGAAGUUUGACUAAUGGUUCAGUCAAACGAAGUAAUAGAGAUAGUGUACAACGUAAACAGAGUUGGUGGUUACCUUAUCUCGUCUUGGGUUUUGAUAAGAAUGAAGUUUUGGUAGAAGCGUUGGGUGGAACGAUUGAUUGUCCAGUUUGGAUGUAUAAAGCUGAUUUCGAUGUAUCAAGAACUUCGGAGAUCACUUUAUCUUCCUACUUACGUACUGCACCUAACUUGAGUCAAAAGAGUGAAAUGGGUGAUGAUAUCUUUUUAGGAGGACUUUCUUUCUUACCCACCUUUGAUCAGUCUGUUUCUGAUAGAUGGUAUAGUGCAACAUCAGGAUCAGGCGGAUCAGCCAGUCAAUUCCAUUUACAAGUAGCUUUCAAACCUUCACAAAACAUACCACUUACGAUCGAUUCAUUUGAAUUAUUACAAGUGAUUGGAAAAGGAUCGUUUGGAAAAGUGAUGCAAGUUCGAAAAAAAGAUACCGGUCGGAUCUAUGCGAUGAAAACCAUUCGAAAGGCUCAUAUCGUCUCACGUUCUGAAGUGACUCAUACUUUGGCUGAACGAACGGUUUUGGGUCAGGUUAAUAAUCCGUUUAUCGUUCCGCUUAAGUUUAGCUUUCAGAAUGCUGAAAAACUUUAUUUGGUUUUGUCAUGUAUUAAUGGGGGUGAACUCUUUCAUCAUUUACAAAAAGAAGGAAGGUUUAGUGAAGAACGUGCUCGGCUUUAUGCGGCUGAACUUUUAUGUGCAUUAGAACAUUUACAUGCCUAUGAUGUGAUUUACCGUGAUUUGAAACCUGAGAAUAUCUUACUUGAUUAUACGGGUCAUAUCGCUUUAUGUGAUUUCGGUUUAUGUAAAUUAAACAUGAGUGAAUCUGAAAAAACCAACACUUUUUGUGGUACGCCGGAGUAUCUUUCACCUGAGUUGUUACUUGGGAAUGGGUACUCUAAAACGGUGGAUUGGUGGACUCUUGGGGUUUUGAUCUAUGAGAUGUUAUCGGGUUUACCACCCUACUAUGAUGAAAACGUCAAUGAAAUGUAUCGAAAGAUUUUAUCAAACCCAUUAAAGUUUGGAGACGAGAUCAAAUCAGAAGCAAGAUCAUUACUGAGCGGAUUAUUAACCCGAAACCCGGCUCAAAGGUUAGGUAACAAUGGAGCCGAAGAAAUUAAGAAGCAUGGGUUCUUUGCUAAGAUUGAUUGGAAAAGAUUGGUCUUGAAACAGUAUACGCCUUCGUUUAAACCUAGUGUGGAAAGUGCGAUUGAUACUAGUAAUUUUGAUAGUGAAUUCACUAGUGAGGCUCCUAUGGAUUCUGUGGUUGAAGAUUCACAUCUUAGUGAAACUGUUCAACAACAAUUUAUUGGGUUUACUUAUAAUCCGACUGGUGAAUUUAUGGGUGAAAGUGUAAGAUGAAAGAAGAAGGGUUUUUUUCAUUUGGAAUUUUUGCAAAAAGGAAAAAAACCAUUAUCUUUUUGUUUUUUUUUGCAUUUUGGAAGAAGUUGUUUAUUUAUAAGAAGAAAUAUUUAAAUAUGUUUAUUAAAUCAUGGAGAAAAAGAGAAAAACAAACGUGUAUCUUUCUUUUUUUUUGUUUUUCGCAUAUGAAUUCUUUUUUUUUCGUUGAUAUAUUUUUCUUUUUAUAGCGUUUUAGUUAAGAUUUUUUAUAAUAGAAUUUCCUUUUUUUCAGGUUGAUUUUUUAUUUUAUUUUCCUUUUUUGUUAUGUUUUUUUUAUUAUGGAUGGAUGGAUAGAUGGAUGGAUAUGUUUGAAUUGUGAAAUUAGUUUUCUUUAUGGUAUGCGGUUAUAUAUGGGGUGUUUUUUUGGGAAAUACAUGGGAUAGGUAUUUAUUACAUUUUUAUAUUAUUGAAUCAUUCAAAGGAAUCGAAGUGGUUUGUAAUCUAAAGUUGGAUUACUUUUUGAUCAUGU